AUGAAGUUGUUUGACAUCUGGUUCAAAAAUGUGGCAGCGCAAAAGACAUUAUCAUACGAAGAGCGUAAUGCCGUCUUCUUCUCGACAGUGGGCAAGGAUAUGAAGCCAUCAUCGAGAACGGUUCUGCUGCAAGCCUACGAUGUUGAUGGUUUCUCAAUCUACACAAGCUACGAUAGUCGAAAAGCCCGUGAACUGCAGGAGAAUCCAAAUGCUUGUAUGCUUGUACGGGUAGAAGGCAAAGUGAGUAAGUUCCCAAAAGAAGCAGCAAUCGAGCACUGGAAUUCACUACCGCUAGCUAUUCGGAUUGUUUUAAAAAGCAACGAACAGAGCGCUGUCAUACCAAAUGAAGAGUACCUCGAGAACAAACGAAGGGCUUUGCAGGAAUUAGCAGCUAAGGAAGGAGAACGUAGCAUCACAAAACCGGAAUGGGUGGUUACUUACUCUCACCAGAUUAUGUUGAAUUUUGGCAAGGAAAAACUGAUUGGCGAAAUGAACGUUUGGGAUUCAGAAAAAAUGGCAAAGAAUGGACGAUGCAGAGACUUUCACCUUAACUGA